UUAUAGGAGUUCUGCAGUAUAAUACAGUAGCGGAUCAUCGUAUUCUGACGCCGGUACUUCUUGCCGGAGUAAUGACACGGAAUGUCGAAAACAGUUGCAGACUUUCAUGUUGCAGUCACCAGCGAUUCGUAUCGCUUUCUUCUGGUAGCCCGGCAUACGUUCAAAUAACCCUAGCGCAUAAAGUUGGUAGUAACAUAGUAGUAAGUAACAUUUCUUAAAUUUACCAUUUGAGUCGGUGCAAAACUAGAAUGAUGCAUAUGAAGUACGUGCGCGGAUUCACCAGAAUAGCCUGGGGCCACGCAAUGAGAACGGCACUGUUAUCGAGUAUUAAAUGUUAAAUCAGAGAGAAAGAUAUCUUUCUCUCUGGUUAAAUCAUAUAGCACUGACUUACAAUUGUUAGAAAAAGUGAAUUACCAUCAGUACGGGUAGUGGAUGUCAUUCAAUGUAUCUAUACGGACCGAGAGCUAACAAUAACGGCUUCUAAUUUGAUAACAAUCAUGUUUUUAAUUCGAUUUUCUACUUUCCAUAAAUGUAAAAUCAAUAUGCAGCUGCAAUAAACUGAAUACUUUUAACUGCCGAAGUCAUUUGUCCAAGUUCCAAGAUUAAUGAAAUAUCAAGUUGUGCUUGUGCUGUAACAAAGGCCGGCUAGCUGGAACAAAAGGCCAAAACAAGCACCCGAAAGGAUGCUAUCAACUGAUAAGGUCAACUUUAUUGGUAGUUAAGGGUACAAAAUACAGUUAACUUCUUGAAGAAACAUCCUUUCAGCGUCGAUGAUUCGUUUUAUAUAUGCAUCCUGCUUAAGCAGUUCAUCCCGCAAUUCUUCGUAUUCUUUCCAUAAAUCACUGUCAACUUUGCUUUUGAACAUGUCUUCAAUGUUUUGCGGGGUGUCUUCCUCCUCAUUUCCACGGAUGCAUACCAGCUCCUGAAAGCAGCAGAUCUGAAUCUGAUUGCCGAAUUGAAAGCAGACCUGGGAUUUAUUCGCAGCCUGUAAGGAUGACUGGCACUGCCACUGGUCAGAACAUGUUACAGUAUAACGGCAUUCUGUACCCUACAGUUCUCACGCGAACAUGGCUCACUUCAUAUAGAAAUACUUGCAAUAAUCCGCAAGCGGCGGAAUGAUUCCGAAAUUCCUUUAAGCCAUUCGGGAACUGGAUUCAUCCGAGCCGUAAGGGUAGCCAGCUGCGCUUUAUCUACUGGGAAUGCAGUUAUCCUUCCAGUCCCAAAUAUUUCCGAAAUGCCUUUCAUGAUUGAUGAUAACCAUUCUUCACCGCUGGUAAUCACUUCGAGAACAUUCACUUGUGCAACAUCCACGUUGGGAUUAUUUGUACUGGUGCUGGCUUCCAUCGUUAGAGGAAUCUAUGAUUUAUUGGAAUUUUUAAUCUGAGAGGAAGCAAACUCAGCGAAGUUACCAAAACUUCACCGUGAUGACUACGACAGCAAAUAAUUGCGGGACAGUAACGCUGUACCAACAGUUUAAAACACUUCAUGAAGAAGAGCUAUUUGAUUCGCUGGUUGAUCUCGGAGAUUUCCUUCUAACGUCUGACUGCCGUCCUCGAAAUCCCCAAGCACAACGCGAUUUAUUUCGUGGUCCCCGUGAAGAAUUUCGCAGUAUCGUCUUGUAUGCUCAUGCGUUACUUCAGGAGCAUCGAUACCGUCAGGCUAUCGAUGUUUACGGGCGCGCUUGUGCCAUGUUGUAUCACACGCACCCGCCUCCGGGCUCGGCUGGAAAACUUGGCGGCCGAUCACUCAGCGGGCCAAGAGUGGAAACCCCCGCUGGCACUACGGGGUUUGAGCGGAUUUUUACUGAGGACGAUAUCAAGUAUCGCUUGGCUCAAGCGUACGUCUUUGUGGAUGAUCCUGAUGAGGCGCUUUCUGUGCUGGACACGAUCCCUCCCGCCAACCGUUCGGCCAAAGUCAAUGUUAUGAUGGUCAAGUUAAAUCCCGCCCGGCAGGCUUACGCUCUGGACAAAAUGAAGCAAGUCGUGCGGCAGGCUCCCAUGGCUUUGCGCGUGCUGAAGAUGUGGUUUGCCUGUAGUGGGAAGAUGGUAGAACUUAAUGCUAACUUGGGAAAGAACGUUGCAGAAGAGAAAGUCGCACAGCUUCUGAACAAAUUGGUGCACUGUCAUGCAUACAUUGCCACGGGGAAUUAUUACUAUGCCUAUCAGGCAGCGUGCGCUCUUUUGGAAGAGCCCAUUCUGUCCCAUAAUCCAAUUCUGAUGACUAUCCAGGCAAAAUGCCAGAAUUCGUUAGGCAAUCAGGAGCAAGCGGGAAAAAUUCUCAGCAGUAUUGACCACACACAUGCGAACUUUUUUCAGGAUAUGGACGAAUAUGCAGCCGUGUUGUAUGAUCAGAACGAUGUCUCUGGUUUGCAGAAGCUAUCAGAGCGAUUGGUUAAGUGUGCCAAUCUGUCUCCUGAAGCAUGGACGUGCAAAGGGUACACGGCUUUAGCACGGAAAGAUUUCGCCUCAGCGGUGCGGUAUGCAGAGCAUGCGACGAAUCUCGACGACACGCACUAUCGGGCUCACGUUCUGCGGGGCCUGGUGUACUAUAAGAAGGAGGACUUCUUUGCGGCUCAGCGAUCCUUUCAACGGGCUUUUGAUCUGUCGCCUACCUGUCUGGAUGCUCAUAAGUAUCGCAUAGAAAUUUACCAGAAAAAGUACGGUGAAAAGGAAUCGAUAACUGCUGCCGCCGAUAUGUACCGACUCUGCAAGAAAAAUCCGCGAUGUGUGCAGAUUUAUGCAGAAUGCUACAUAAAUUUUGGAUAUCGCCUGCGCGAAGUCGCUACAACAUUAGAGAAGCAUUUAAAAUCUUACCCCCGUGAUCGGAAGUCGGCACUGUUAUUGGCCAGUGCAUACGAAAAAUUAAAAGUACCAGAUCGUUCAGUGGAAGUGUUGAAAAAACAGAUGAUGUAUGGCAGCAGUAAAGAGAUCCAUCAGUUUUUGGCCCGCUUAUAUAACAGCCUGAAUAAUGACGAGAAGGAGCAGGAGCAUACGAAUUUGGCGGAUACGUUCCCGGUGGCCGGGCUGGAUCCGCGGGCGGACAGUCCGAUGCCGGGGCCGUCCAAUGGCUUCCGUAGCAGCUCGCCAGGAUCACCGCGACUGCCUUCGCCUAAUGAGGAUGAUGGUCCAAACGAAGAUUCCGAAGCGGAAGAGGAAGACGACGAAGAAUCUUUUAUGGAAUAGUUAAGGAAGUUCAUUUUGCGAAUAAAUGGAAUUUGUUGGGUUGCGAGCGUUUUUUAUUUGAUUAUUCGUUCACAGUCACCUUUAUUUAAACAAAAGUUUACACUACGGAUAUUGUACCGUAAAUGACUAAAAGUUAAGAAAUAGUGGGAAAAAUUUUUUCGGAUGUGGAUUUGCAGUCUUAGAGAAAAACAAGAAGCCAGUUAAUGAUAAAAAGAAAAAAAAAACAGUUAAAACAAAAAAGGAACAAAAAUCUAAAGAAAAACAAGAAAAGCCGGCUAUUUGUACUGGUAAUAAUUGGUAAUAAAGGGG